CGAUUAAAAAUGGAUACAAAAGAUAUCUUAUUGAAAAAUUAAUAAAUUCCAUUUUAUGUCUCAUAUUUUUAACUACAGUACUAUUAAAGAAUAGAAACCUCAAAGAAUGGUUGUUUACUACACGUAAACCAGAACAAGAGUAUCA